ACUGGCCCACUAGUUCCGGGGUUAGCGCUGGCUCAGUUAGCAUCCAGCAGCAGUUAGCGAUAACACGGAACCAGAGCAGGCUGACGGUCCUCUCCUCCGGGACGUCCUCCUCUGCUACCAGCGCACCUCCUGCCUCCGGAUCCCGGCUGCUCCUACCUCCUCCUCCGUCCUCCUGGUCCGGAUCGGUCGUUAAGCCCGAAGCAUGUCGGCAGUGCAGCGGAUGAAAGUGGCGAACGAGCGGCACAGCAAGACGAUCACACAGCGGGGACACGUCCAGAAAACAUCGCGGCCGGUGAACGAUGAAAAGUCUCCGGUGGGGCCGUGGCUGCUCGCUCUGUUCGUCUUUGUGGUUUGUGGAUCAGCCAUCUUCCAGAUCAUCCAGAGCAUCAGGCAGGGCAUGUGAUGACCUCUGACCCCUGAGGAGCUGAGCCUGAUGCAUGGAGGGAGGGAGGGGCACGUCGCCUUCAUCGCACACAUGCCCAUGCACACAUAUACACACGCACACACAAACACACACACACCUGUGGAGCCUGAACUCCUCCCUCUCUCUCUGCAGCACAUCGUUUGCUUGUCGAUGAAGCCGAUCGAUCACGUGUUGCUGAUCACUUCCUGUCAGAUGAAGUCUUAAACCUCGUUCCCGUCUCCUCUGCGGUUCUCGCUCCAUGAUUUAAAGGAACAAACCGCUCUUUCUCCCGCUGUCGCCUCCUGAAUGAGCUCGUGUCUCAGGCGGUCGCUCUGCCUCCACGACCCCGGCGACCUCCAGGCUCCUUUACUCACAGAUAUUUGACCUUCAUUUGAAAACUUGAAAUUCAGCCCAAAGUUUCUGAUUUUAAACAAUAAAAGCCUGAGAGCAGCAGCCCAGCCUGGAAGGCUUUUAAUGUGAAAAGUUUCCAAAUUAAAAGCCUGACAGAAACACGUCCUUCAGUUUGGGUUCAUAUUCUUUGUUGUAUAUUUUUGUUCUUGUCGUUAAUAAAUCUCAGUCAGUGAUUUUAAAGCUGCUUCCUGUAACAGCUGAUCAGGGUUCAGUGUUUAAAGCACUUCCUGUUUAUUCUGAGGAGCAGCUUCAUCCCUGAUGAUCCACAUUUCAUCUCUGGAGCUCUGAAGAAGCAGCUGAGAUGUUUCAGGGUCCUGUGAGUCCCAGCUGAUCAGUGUGACCUUCUCACAGACUGAACCAGCUGGACCUCAGCAGGAUGAACUACAGGAAGUCCUCAGUUUGAGCUCAGAGUUAAAUCUGCAGAUCAGAGCUUCAGCAGCACGACUCUGAUCCAAACAUGUAGUUCAGUCUGAUCCCAGAGCAGCAGUUAUGUGCAGAGCGUGAAGCAGCUGAAGCAGAGCCACGAGGAAGAGCUCAGACUGUGGGCGGGGCUUACAGACGCCUCAGGUGUCCUCGUGAUGAUCUCUGCUUUCAGCUCUGGUUUCCUGAAGUCCUUCAGAGUCGAUGACUCGGCUUUAAUGCAGACGAAGAGCUGAACUGAGGUCAUCGGGGUCAGAAUGAGUCACAGACUAAUUUUCCCCUCAAACGCUGAGUUAAAGCACACAGGAAGUGAUCUGAAUGCAGCUUCCUGUCGGGCCGUCAUGUGAUCUCUGCGUAGGGCUGUAAAAACAGCGGUUUGCUCCUUUAAACCCCGCCCCCUCCUCUCUUUGUGCUGACAGCGACUCUGAAUCCACACACUCUCAGUCCUGCUGGGAACGAAGGAAAAACGAGCUCCACAAACUUCCUGCUGAUGUUUCCGUGUUCGGAGAGGUUCCUCCGGCCGGACGACGCUCCGCUUUUCUACAAAAUAAACCUCAGAUAUUUUCUCUA